UUCAUAAAUUAAAAUUUACUUGAAAUAUUUUUAAUUACAUAAAAUUGAUUUUCCCUUGUGCAAGUAACGGAAUUUAAUUUUGUUAAGUUGGUUUAAAUGCAUUAAGUUUCAAAACAAGUGCGGUAAAGGUAAAAUUGUCAGAUUUUGAUUUUUGUUUGUGUUUGGGAGCUCAAUUCAAGGCACAUCUCGAUCUUCAUACUUUUAAAGCUUUUGUGAUUCUAGACUUGUAUUGGGGAUACCGGGAUAGGACGCCGCGGAGGACUUUUCUGCCUGAAUAUUUAAACACGGUGCAAAAAAUUAUUACAUCCAUACAUUUAAGUUUUAUUGGACAGAAGAGACAGAAGCAAUACAAAGUAUUGAGCUCCGCUGCCAUAGAGACUACAGAGAGAAACCUUUCAAACGGAAUGCAACGCUCAAAUUGAAUAAGAAAUAUCAAAAUUUUAAACAUGGACAAGAAUUUGAACAAAUCACCAACAGUAUGGACUCGUCCCGCUGACGUUAUGAAAAUGCACAGAGUGAAGAAGCGAGCUCUACAAGCUCGUAUGUUGGACAAUAGCACUGUCUCAAGAGGGAACAUACUUGACAUCCUUGGGGAUAACAAAGCAGCGUCCAGCAAUGAAAUUGAAAAGCCUGAUGAGGCUGUUGAAUCACGCCUCAAUCCAUUUCGGAGAGAUUUGACUAAAAGGUUUAAGGCUUCCUCUGGCAGUUCAAUCUCAAACUGUGACCUUGAUGCCUCAAAUGACAAUACUCUGUUUCAAUUGCUCAACCAGUCCAGCUCGAGGGACUCGCAACAAGGCCCGAGCAAGGAAGCUCUCACAGACUCUUUUGCAGACUUCUUAGAUAAAAUCACCGGAUCCCAAAUCGCUGCAGAGUCUCUAAAAAAGAGGGACUCUGUCCUUCCUAUUGACUGGUCGCUCAAAUCUAAAGUGAGAUUUUUCUCAAAGAAACCACUUCCGUGGAAUCAAAACCUGAAGAUGCUGGACGAAGCAUCAGGGACAACUGCCUUUGCAAGAUGCAUGGAUUUGAAAAGUUCAGAGACCUCACCAUCCAUCAGCACAGGCAUUAAUGCUCAGCUGCAGCAGACAUGUCUGACAUGGCAACACCCUGCCUUGCCGUGGCUCUCCCUGUUUCCUAGGACAAAUGCCGAUAAAAAACAGAAGAAAAUUUCUACACCCUUAGAUCAAAUAAUAAAAGAUGCUCUACACAAUGCUUGGAGAGAAAGUUUUCGGUCAUUGCUGCAGCUGGUCAGAGCGCAUCAGUGCCCCUACUUUUACCUUUGCGCAAACAAGUUCACAUGUUUGGUGCGAGCAGCCGGCAUUGGUGGCUUUGAGGAAAUAAAUGCAAUCAUAUCACCGACCACCUCUGGCUUUAGGAGGCUCCUGCAAAACGAUGAAAUAUCCUUCACGCUGCCGUUGCAAAAGGAAGGAGUAUCAAGUAACUCUUCGCCUGGUGACCUAGAUGAGUCAAGAGAUGGCCAAGCAAGUGACACUGAUCCCAUUGAAGAGACAGAGGACGAGGUGGAUGAUGAAGAGGCAGUCGAGUGGUUGCAGAGCAUUGGUGUUGCUGAGGCAGAGAUCAAGAAAUUAAACUCGACACAAAGCAAAAUUAAAAAUGCAAAAACCACACAAAUUGAUCAGAAGCCGUCUUCAACUGUAGUUGUCCAAACAGAUGCAGAAGUCAUGGCUCUUUUCAACCUUUUGUUGAACUGCCGCAGCAUAACAACUACCAUUGGCACAUUGGCAGGGAUUCCCCCAACUCUAUUAGCUCCCGUUGCAUUCCACGGAGCAACGUUAGUGCCUCUUUUGGUGGGGCAAAAGACUGUAAACAUGAAGGGGGAGCAGUUUUUCAGUGCCGAGAUUGUUGGUCCUGUUCUUCCACAUACUCUACGAGAGCUGUGUGCACAGUUAGAGGCACACCAAAGCCAAUUCUCCAUGACUAGCUCCAUCGUGGAUCAUAGCAAGGCCUUUUCGACGCUGCCUUCACCUGAAAAGCCACCCAGCACAAGCGCCUUUGCUCAGGAGAACCUUAGGGACUGCGGACUGACCUCCUAUUCGCUGAAAGCUUUAUGCCAAGUGGGCCCAAUGUCUGUGCUGGCUGGGGUUAAAUUCCAAAACAGCCAAUAUGUGUGCCAUGACUGAGUUUCAUCAAAUUAACAAUUAUUAACUAACUCAUGUGCCUUGGGAAAUUCAUAUUUAAGGAAUAAAAAGUUACAUUUUAUUGAAAUAAUUUAUUUCACUUAACGAGGCAGAAGUGUAACAGAAUGAGCGCAAUAUAUUUUUGUUCUUAUUGCUAUAAGCACUCGUAUCAAAGUUGUAUAAACAUGGAUUAAUUUGUCUUCUUUACUAAUUAUUGGUCAUUUUUUUGAAAGUGUCCAUGUUGGCGUCUUGGGUGCGCCGUCAUUUAGAGACAGCGAUGGGAAAUUAUUGUUGAGCACGUGGCUGUCUAUGUGUGCUUUCUUGUCCUUGGAACUCAAUACCUGGCCGCAAGUCACACACUCAAUGAAAUCACCUUUUUGACCAUGUGCCAGCCAAAGCUCCUAAGAGAUGCAAUUUUGAGGUUACAUUGUGUUAGAAAAUCUGCUCCGAAAAUUGGCAUUUUUAUUUAAUAUUUUUUUUUUUAUGAAAGACCUGCUUUUAUCGAGUUAAUAUAAAUUUGAUAAUUUUAUUGCAUUUGGA